AUGGACUAUGAACUACAGUCGAGCGGCUUUGAAAAGGAGAAAAAAGUAUUAACUACCAAGCUAGAGAGCUUGGAGAAUGAUGUUGAUUCACUGAGGAAAAAGAUAAGUAAGAAAAAUGAUGAAGUUGAAGAAGAAAGAAAAGUAAAGGAGCAGCUCCUCCAGCAAAUAGAUUUGCAUAAUAUAGAAAAAGUAAAGCAGGACCGGAAAUAUGAAGAGGUUGAGAAGGAGAAGCUGCAUAAUCUAGAACAAAUAAAGCAUGACCAGAAGUAUGAAGUGCUUGAAAAGGAGAAUAAUGACUCUCAAGUCUUAAUAAUCUACUGGUUUGUCUUCAUAGUUUUGUGUCUUAUGUUGUGA